AUGCCCGUCGUCCCUGAAUUGCUGACAUUGACGCCCGCUUCACCAGUGAAUACGCUCCAGUGUCCGCCUGGCGGCAAGGCCACACCAUUAACAGGACCCGAGCUCGUCUCAGGAGACUUCUGCACCUUCACCAUGUUUACCGUUCACCACCCAACCCACAACCGACUCUCCACCACCUCCACCGCCAUCAUGAGCACCUCUGGAGCCCCCGACGUGGCCGCCGCCGCCACUGCUCCCACUGGCCCACUCGGCGAGCAGAUCAAGACCCUCAUCGACGCCCUCCCCACCAUCACCACCUCCAACCUCGACGCCCACGCGAAGCUCCUGGCCGCCCUCAUCAACGUCGAGAGCCCCUCCGAGCCCCGCGCCUGGACCCUCCGCCUCGCCAUCCUCAUCAUCUACCACCGCGCGUACACCGUCGCCGCCUGGGCUGCCUCCGGCGCCCUCCUCCUCAACCGCCUCGCCGCCCUCAUCUCCCGCGACAUCACCGACGAGGCCCUCAAGGACGCCCGCGCCCAGCCCCUCCGCGGCCCCGCCCUCGUCCGCAAACUCGUCCACGGACAGCUGUUCGGAGACUUUGAGCAGAAGGAGAAGCGCUCCGUCGGCUGCGUCGCCCUCCUCGGCGAGCUGUACAAGCUGCCCCCGACGUCGGCCGUCAAUGUGCUGGGGUGGACGGUGUACGCGGCGGCCAAGACCAUCAUCAUUGGGGAGCGGGAGGAAGAUGGCGGUGAUAUUGAGAAGUUGUUGAUGUUGUUGGGGGACGUGAAGGAGAAGCUCGCGGUGGAGACGGAGGGGGAGGUGUUUAUGGAGAGGUUGGGGGAGGAUUUGAGGGUGUUAGCGGAGGACGAGGGGGUGCCGUUCGAGGUGCAGUACCAGGUGGCGGAGAUGUUGGAGAGCUGGGAGUCUUGA